AUGUUGGGUCGCGAAGAUGAUAACCCAAAUUCCUAUGACCCCCCGCCAAGUGAGACUGUCAGUGGAGCUGCCAGCAGGGCUACGGGGUCAGAACCUCAACAGGUUAUGGGCGCCCAAAUCGCUGGCGCGAGUACUCCGCACUUGCUGAACGGUACGUAUGGGACGAUGGGUCCAAUGUCAAUGGACAGCGAGUUGAGACCUCACCCCGAAGGACGAGAAGUUCGAGGUGACGAAAGCACCGAGAGAGCUGGUAGGGCUGCAGGUGAGCCUGUAGCUGGGGCGCUGAGAACGGCAGGUCGCGUGAUGGCGAACGUGGCUGCGAAGGUUCAAGGCAUGAUCCCGCCGGCUAAGGUGUCGUCUGCGGCGAGUUUCUUGGGUCAGGAGGAGGUGAGGUCUGCAGGGACUGUCGGGACAGGAUACGUGACCGCGAGCUCAGCAGCUAUGGAGGAGCAGCCUGUUGAGGUAGAACAGCAAGCGAAUGAGGAGCCACAAGCUUCUGGAGCAGAGCUGUUCUCACCUCAGCAGGCGAGGCGACUUCGGGAGAUGGAACAAGAGGCACCACUUCUGUACAGUGAGAGCAGGAACGACCAGCCUCAGGAAGAUUCGGGGGCAGUGCGAGCUCCACCCUUACCUCACUAUUCGAGCUCUGAGUCAGGUAGGGUAGCAGCCUUGGUAGAAGAAAACCAGAGAAACCUUAUGGGGUUUGUUCAGCAGAUUCCUGGUAAGUCUGCAGCGGCGCCGUUCGAUGGCGGCUAUGCACCUCAGGUGACAGGUCUGCUUCUGCGCCACCUUCCGCCGGAGGAGGUGGGCUCGGGUCAAGCACCGGAUGGAGCACUUGAUCAUCCAGGCGGGGUUGCAGAAAGGUCGGAGGCGUUGAAGCAAGUUCAGCACCCGAAGCCUGCAGACAGUGCAAUAGACGCUGUGUUGAAGCUUCGCACAUGGAAGCGUUGGAUGACGAGACUCAGCGACUUAGGAGGAGCUCAACCUGACGCAGCGCUGAGCAUCCAGGCUCUUGAGUGCAUCACUGGCAAUGUGCUCCGCUCGUUGCCCAGCCUGAGCUUCCGCAUCAACCUUGUGCGUGCUUCUUUGCAUCUAGACACGCAGCCUACAGGUGCCAAGGUCAGUGAGUAUUUUGAGCAUCUUCUUGUGGAGCUAGAGGCGGUGUCAAGAGUUGCAGAGAGCCCCUCGCCUGGCCUUCCUUCAGGUGCUAAGGCAGAGGCUAAUAAGAACGUGAGGCAGGUUGAUGCUCGCGUUGCAGGAGGUAAUGACACCUCCCCUGCAGCCCCAAAGGAAGCAAGGUCACCGAAGGGAGCAGGACAAGCUGCAGGUGGCGACUCGCCCAAGAAGUUGUGCAAAUGGUUUCAUGAGGCUAAAGGGUGUAAGAGGGGAAAGGACUGCAAGUUCACUCACGACUGGAGUCAGGUGCCAAAGCAGGACAGAGCCGACAGGUGCAUGGCCUGUGGGGCCAAGGGACAUCGCCGAGAUGCGUGUCCAAACACUCAGGGCACAGGGCUAGCAAAGCGUGAUGAUGGUGCAAGUUCCGCAAAAUCAGCAAGAGCCGAUCCCGCUCAAAAACCCAAGGCCGAUCCUGGCCUUCGGAAGGUGUUGUCAGAUGCCGCCGGGGUUCUACGAGAAGCCAUCCAUGCUAGUGCAGGCGCGGCAGACGCAGCUGCUCACCAGCCGCCCUCGGCAGGUGGAUCAGCAAGGGGAGGUGGAUCAGAAGCAGCCACUAGUGCCGAAGGGCCCGCUAUGGCCGCUGCAGCAAAAAUUCAGGCUCAGCUUGAGGAUCUAGAGGCACGUGUUUUGGAUGGCAGAGGUCCAGCAGUGCGGGCAGUGAGCAAUUCCGUGGAAGCGGUGAGUUCCGAGCAAACAGCGUUGCUGGACUCUGGAGCCACGCAUGCGGUGUUGGAUGUGGCUUCUGCAGAGGGACAGGACCUCGUACCCUGCACAGUGUCGCUUGCUGGUGACCAAAGGAAAGGCGGAAUGCAUCUAACGCACCCCCGCCUAGGCCGCCUCAAGACGAGCUUGAAGGGAGGAUGCCCGCAGUUGAACCGUGAGCAGGCCAUGUGUUUGAUCAAGGAGCUUGAGAGCGCCAAGCUUGGUGAGCUCACCGGUAGGCUGAAGAAGGUACAGGCUUACUUGAAAGGUAUGCAAGGGUUGAGCCUAGCAGAUGCCAUUGAUGCCUUUGUUGGAAGCGGGGACUAUGGUGCAUCGUUGGACCUCCUUCAGUUGAUGCCGUUUCUGAAGGGUGUUCCGGACCGUAUCGCCACGAGGCUCGCCGUGGAUCUCAAAGCGGCCAAUGGAUGGGAGCUUCUCAAAGCACUCCCCUUCAACAGAAGAGUUCGGAAGAGAAUGCAUCAGUCCUAUGAUAGUUCGAGCCCAGCCGACUCUUCUCUCAAGAGCAUGUGCAGUGAGCGCCAGGUCGAGCUGGUUGAACUCGGCGUCACCCGUGAAAAAAUAGUCAGCCCCUCGGUGUGGAAGGUUCUUUGCUGGGCUGCGUUCACCGGACGGGUUGCGGGUGUUGUCGCCGAUGCGCCUAUGAAGACAUGGGGUGUUCUGAAGGUUGAGGAUUCAAAGGCCGUGAGGUUGCGCUCCACGCAGCACCCGUGGGGGGAGCCAGACAUUUCAGCUGCGCUCCAAGCCAAGAUUGACGACGAUGUGUUGACGGCGCGGCAACCCAUGUGGCUUUGGACCGUUGCAUCCUUGUCUCGUGGAGAAGGGGUUCCUACCUGCCAGACCCAUGCCGUGUAUCCAGAAGGGACCAAUGAAUGGUGGAUGCGUACUGUAGUGGACCCGUUCCAGCAAUGGAGCAAUUGCAGCGACUUGAUCGUUGAUAGUGGUCUAGGCGUUGAGGGCACCACCCGCCCCAUGAAGGUAUGCACCAACCUAGGUUUCUCUCCAGGUGUCAAGCAAGUUUCGCAGGCAGACGUUGCGCUUGAAGGUGGGCCCGUUGCACAUGGUUGGCCGCAGGCUUUCAGGCGUGAGGUCAGCAUGGCUCUUUUUGGUGGUUCGCUGGCAACAGGCCAUGUUCUGCAGAAGGUUCCAGCCGUGAAUGCAGUUGGGGCGGAACAGCCGUCGAGUUCACCCGAGGCAUGGUUGGCACAAGAGCAUAUGCAAGAGGCAACAGGUGUUGACCAAGAGGGCCAAAGCAGUGCCGACGAUUACCCAGUGGCAGUUGAUAUGCCCGUGCUCGACUCAGGAGGAGCAGGUGAGCAUUCACAGGCGCAGGCCGAAGAUGCUCAGCCCACGUCGCGGGAGCUCAGCGACAAGGAGAAGGAAAAGUGGAGGCGGCACAUUGCUGCCCACCAUAUCCCGUUUAGGCGGGACUGUCUCCAGUGCGUGAUGUCAGGUUCCUUAGGACUUCAGCACCGUCGUGUAAAAUGCCCCUCGAUGUACUCUCUUGCAUUCGACUUGACAGGGCCUUUCGUAGAGCUUGGCAAGGAUGAUCGAGGAGGCUGCUAUAAGUAUGCACUGGUAGCUGGCCUUCGCGUUCCAGACAUUGCACUGCCCGUCGCAGAUUCGAAGGCCGAGGUAGGUGCCAACAGGCCAGCCAAGGUUCCUAAGGCUAAGUCAAGGCCAAAGGUCAUGCAAUCAAAGCCGCCUGUGGAUGAGGACGAUGCGCCCUCAGAGGCGAGCUGGCUUCAAGCUGAUCUGGAGCCUAAGGACCCGCUCGAACUGACAGCUCAGGAGGAGCCGGAUGAUGAGGACGAACGGGAAUCUGUGCUUAGCUGGUUCGAAGCUCCUGAUCUUGAGAGCCUCAAAGCGAGUUUGCAGGACCUUGAGGAUUGUCAGGAGGCUGCUGAAGAUGAGCCUGUGGGUGAUGGUGCAGAGCAGAAACCCUCAGAUGGUGACCCAUGGGGUGAUGAUCAAGGUGUGUCCUCCAUGACAGAUGAGCAGUUUGAUGAGGAGUUGGCCCAGCUGUUGUUCACAGGUGCAAACAAGGAGCUGAUGUCAAAGGCUGUUAUGGAUUGGUUGCAGUCAAAGCUGAUACAGCCCUCGUUCACGCAAGGUUUGGGUGUGGAACAAUGGCCAUCAGCCAUGGAGUUCGCCUGUGCCGAGCAUCGGCACCGACUGUUGCAGCUGCCUGGAAGGAUUCCCAGGUUCGGGCAGAAGGUCAUUUUUAAGAGCAAGCAUCCCACCGGGAAGUCUAAACGACCGUUCGUGCGCUGGGAACAUGCCAUCUACCUUUGUCCCACUCCGAGAAAAGAAGGGGGACACGUGCUGCUUCGUGCCGCCUCUGGGGCGUAUCUGGUUGCCAAAAACGUUAGGUGCCUUGAUGAGUUGGUUGAUCCGGAGGCUGAGCUUGGAGGCGAGGAGGUGUUGCAGGCAGACCCCCCGGAGCAUGAGCCCCCGGUAGAAUCGUUCGCAAUAGAUUUGAUGAACUCGGGCCUGUACACGGCCGAUCAUUGUGGACGGUUGUUGGAUCUUGCGUUUGGUGGUGUAGAGGGAGGAACCCGUAGGUACUUGAAUGAGUAUUUGAGGAGAAACUCUUCAGGUGAUCCAGGUGCACUUACCUGGACGGCACUCACAGUUGUGGUGGCACCAGAGGUUACCACCCGGUCCAUGCGGAUCGAAGGCCCGGCUAUUGAGGCUACCAUGACCUUCAAUCCGAAGCAGAGGCAUGCGGUGUUACCGGAGCAAUUUGAGGCGAGGUUUGAAAGGUGGCAACGUGUGUUGGGUGGGUCCGACGAAGACCCAUUCCUGCAUCCAGCGUCGGCCGCCAUCCCUCACGCCCUGCUGGUGGCGACUGUGUUCCAACAGAGAGACUGGGGAAGGGAUCCGGGGGUGUUUGUGGAAGGGCCUCACGGCCCAGUUCUUGCAGCCCGGGCCAUGGAUUUUUCAGACGACGGCCCAGCCGAAGAGGGUCCGUUCCCGGACCGUAUGCUCAUGUUUUCGGUACACGACGUCAUCCGCAACAUCCACGAGAUGGUGAUCCUACGUGUUGUUCUGGUUGAGGAAGAGUCUGAAGGAGUGGGUCAGGCCCCUCAAAUUCUUCAGUUCAAGGCCCAUCAGGUUGCCAGUGCCAUUGCCUAA